UCACCUAUCGAUAAAGGAGAUGUUCGGAGGUUUACAUUUACUGCGAAGAUGCUCUGCUUAUAAAUUAGCCAAUGAGGAAGCGGUAUUCAAUCGUUUUCUAGUCGGGUUUUGUAAAUUUCACCCACGUUGUUGCUGGUUUUUAAUCAACGGCAUCAAAAUGACGGUGGGCAAAAGUUCAAAGAUGCUCCAGCACAUCAAUUACAGGGUACGAUGUACCCUGCAAGAUGGCCGGAUUUUUAUUGGUACUUUCAAAGCCUUCGACAAACACAUGAAUUUAAUCCUUGGUGAUUGUGAUGAAUUUAGGAAGAUCAAGCCCAAAAGUAGUAAACAGGGUGAAAGAGAAGAAAAAAGAGUUCUUGGAUUAGUAUUACUACGAGGAGAACAUUUAGUAUCUAUGACUGUUGAAGGACCCCCACCAGCUGAGGAGGGCAUUGCUCGUGUUCCAUUGGCUGGUGCUGCCCCUGGUACAGGUAUGGGCCGAGCUGCUGGACGUGGUGUUCCUGCAGCUCCCGGAAGUUCGGGUACUGCAGCCCCUGGUUUGCAAGGACCUGUACGUGGUGUUGGAGGACCAUCACAACAGAUGAUGACACCGCAAGCUCGGGCGACAUCAGUUGCAGCACCACCUCAACCACGACCUGGACAGAUGGGAGCUCCUCCCAGAAUGCAAGGAUUUUUACCUAUAGCUCCUGCUCGGGGUGCUGCACCUCCUGGAAACAUGAUGAUGGGAAUGCGAGGGCCACCUCCAAUGGGACGUGCUGCACCACCUCCACCUGCUAUGAGAGGACCACCACCAGGCCCACCACCUGGAAUGAGAGGACCUCCCCCACGACCGUGACCAAAUACUUAAGUCUAUCUAGGAAAGGGCAGUGAUUACAACUGCAAAAAUUCAUGAACAUUUUACAACCAAAUUCAGAUAUCAUUCAUACUAUUCCGAUAUGUUUCCUUUUUUAAGCAUUUUUUUUCCACACACAAUUUGAUGCUAAUUAAAUUUUAAAAAA